UCCUCUGAGAUGAAUCACAACUAGACGUAAACACUCAGAUCAGUCAUUCACUUUGUGGAGCUGACUGACAAGCUGGAUGUUAAUACUAAUUUGAAUGGAUUAAUGAUAAUUUCUAAACAUACCAAACCUAGAACAUGGCUGUUUAUAAAUUCAUGCAUACUUUAAUCCUCCUGUGGAUUUGUGUCUGUGGAGCGAGCUGUGACAGACUACAUCAGGCAGAGGAGGAGCUUUUUCAUUCUGACAAAGAGACGACACUGAGCUGGAAGUCUGAACCUGCCAGAGAGUGGGACGAGGUUGCGCUCAGAGUUCAAACAGAGACUCAGGUUCCGGUUCUUCAGGCAUGUGGAAGACGCGUUUUGAGGACAGUUUUGAGUCGGUGGAUGGAACGUAAAGACGCUCACAUCCUGCUGAUGGAUGUUUUAUUUACACAGGAAGAGGAACCGUCAGGUCAGCGGAGUCCUCUACGUAUCCACCUGUUUGACUCUGACACACCUGUCACAGGGUUUAAAAGUGGCAGGUCAGCCAUGGACCUGCAGACCUCAAGUCCGUUCCCUGAUACGGUCCAUCCACAGGAAGUCCUGACCCACCUGAACCUCAGCAGGGCUCUGAAUCUGGGUCCAGUCAACUGCAGAGGCUUCCACAUUGGCUUCUCAUACUCAGGAACAUGUCUGCUGAUUACUUCCAUCAGACUGUACUACAAGAAGUGCUCUGACAUCACAGAACACCUGGUCAGGUUUAAAGGGAAGGGGUCAGGGUCUGGUCCAGUGAUUGGCUCUUGUGUGACGGGGGCAGUGGAGGUUUCUCCCCCUGUUAGAGAAUGUACUGUGGGAGGAGUCUGGGGUCCUCUACACGGGGGCUGUACCUGUAAGCCCGGACACGAAGUCAUUAAUAACACCUGUGCAGUGUGUGGGCAGGGCUUCUACAAGCCACUCAAUGAAAGUGGAGGAUGCAGGGUCUGUCCCCGAAACAGCCUGACACACAAAGAGGGAUCAGAGACGUGUGUGUGUGUUCAAGGUUUCAGCCGCCUGACCUCUGACCCUGUUGACCUUGGCUGCACCAAGCCUCCUUCUGCUCCUCUCAACCCUUCGAUGCUUCGUCACAGUGACUCCGAGCUGCUGCUGACCUGGGACCCUCCUCAUGACUGGGGAGGCAGACAGGAAGUGAUGUAUAACAUCACCUGUGAGGAGGAAGUCGAGGUUGGAGGUCAGUGGAGGACAUGUGGACAGGAAGUGGUUUUCCUGCCGCACUCGGCCGCUCUUAACAAAACUUCCGUCAGAAUCUCAGGACUGGAUCCAAACAGUGACCACAGACUGUCAGUGAGAGCCUGGAACCAUGUAUCAGGCCAGCAGGGGGAGCCAGUAUCAUCCACCACAACCCUUACUAUACAUAGAUGGAAAGCUCCUGGUGUCAAUGUUUUAGUGACUCCGAUCUUCAACUCUUCAGACAGCGGUUCGUCUCAACGGUCAAACCUUCGUUUCGCUUCGUGGUUAACAGUCGGACUUUUAGUCUUCAGUCUGCUGCUGAUGGCCGGGAUCUCCGUCAUCGUGCUUCUGCUAAGACGUAAAAAAUACAAACAUCGAUCCGAGCACGAUGGUCAUUUCUUUCCGAUGAAUGCUGAAACUUCUUACCGAUGUCCUCAAGAGGUUGAAUCUGCCCCCCCGACACAAACGGGCGGGGGAGGGGCAGAGCUGUUGGAAGGUUUCAACGACAGGCUGAAGAAAUUUCUUGUGGACAGACAGAAAGUCACUCUUGGCAAAGAGCUGGGCCGAGGAGAGUUCGGUUCAGUCUUUGAAGGACUCUUCAGUCCAAGUGAAGGUGUGAACAUGAAGGUUGCAGUGAAAACAAUGAGAGCGGGGAUCCACAAUCUGGCUGACCUGCAUGAGUUUCUGAGAGAGGCCGAGAUUAUGCAAAACUUUGAUCAUGAAAAUGUCGUCAGACUCCUCGGGGUGGCUGUGCAGAGGGAGCAGGACUCUCUUCUUCCCGUCCCUCUGGUCAUUCUGCCCUUCAUGAAACAUGGAGACCUGCGGAGUUUCCUCAUCGCUACACGUUACGGAAAUGUCCAAAUGUUUGUUCCUCUUCAGAGUCUUCUUCGCUUCAUGGUCGAUAUCGCUGCAGGGAUGGACUAUCUGAGCUCACAGGGCUUCCUGCACAGAGACCUCGCAGCUCGAAACUGCAUGCUGGGUGAUGACCUGCGUGUGUGUGUUGCUGACUUCGGACUGUCAAAGAGAAUCUACAGCAGCAAUUACUACCGUCAGAGAGCGGCCAUCAGAGUACCGAUCAAAUGGAUGUCAAUGGAAAGUCUGUCAGAGUCCAUCUACACCAGCAAGAGCGAUGUGUGGUCGUUCGGGGUGACGAUGUGGGAGAUUUUGUCCAGGGGGAGAACUCCAUAUCCUGGAGUCCAUAACCACGAGCUGCUGGAUCUACUGCGGUCUGGAUUCAGACUGAAACCACCUGAGGAGUGUGACCACAGACUGUAUGAGGUGAUGAGGAGAUGCUGGGAUGAAGAUGCGACCAUCAGGCCGGACUUUAAGGAGCUGGUUCAGACUCUGAGAGGGUUUCUAUCAGAGCUGCCCGAGCUGGAGGCGAGUGAGGAGGUGAACUACCUCAACCUGGGGCUGGAGGCUGCAGCUGCUGCUCCUCACACAGACGAGAGGUGGGGGAAUGUCUACCUGUGUGCACCUGUCGGAGCUGCAGUCAGAGAGGAGGAUGUGGAGGUAGAGGACGGAUACCUGAAGUACAUCGAGGAUGAUAAUGAUGAAUAAAAUAACAUGUUAUAAAACUCAG